AAUUGUCUGUGAGGUUUCUCCUGUUAAGCCAGACACUUUUUAGCCUUUGACGGGAUUGGAUGCGCCGCCGAACACUCUACGGGAAUCAAAGUCCUACUAAUUGGCAAGUGUAUUACUUAUUACUUACAAGCAGCAGCGGCAGAUAUCGAGAGUAUUGGUGCAGAAUAUUAAUUCUAUCGUGCCUGGAUUAAAAGUCACAUGAGACCGCUCAAAUUGUGAUAUUUUUAGUCCACUCAGAGUGAUUUGUUGACAAAAUUAACAAGGCUGAUACUUUUAGUAGGCAAUUCUUGUCGCGAUCUCUCAGUGAAAACUAAGUUUAAACCAGUAACCAAGCUACAUCAUAGUUCGACGAUUGACACAAUUAGCUGUCAACAACAGGAUGCCCACUGCACAAGAAGCAUGUGAUCAAGAUGCCUCGCUUGAAGAUCGAGAUGAUAGGCAUCGAAUCACAACUAAUCACAAUCUGCAGCUAAUUCAACCAACGUUGAUAUCCUCGUACGCUAAGGAUAAGGAAACUGAAGAGUCCAAAACAACGCAGGGAUCUGUCAGUUCCUUAGUUCGGAAAGCUGGAAAGCGGAGUAAUCGAAUGCAACUGACUAUGAGCAUUCUAGCAAAUCUGACGGUUUUAUCCUCUGGCAUGGGCUUGGGUUAUUCGGCAAUUACGUUACACUCACUCACACAGGAGGACGAUCCGCUGCGGUUGAAUCCGGAUCAGGCGUCUUGGUUCGCUUCAAUCAAUUCGAUAGCCUGUCCGUUUGGGGGACUCAUUUCCGGUUAUCUGCUAGAUAGAAUAGGACGGAAAUGGACGCUUAUCUUUAUCAACCUGCUGUCCAUCGUCUCUUGGACUCUGAUUGCUGUUUCCAGUACCACCAAUUUUGAACUGAUGUACACGCAAAUUAUAAUCGCACGUGUGAUAAUAGGCUUGGUAAUCGGGCUCGUCAGUGCAUCGGCUGCUAUUUAUUCAGCUGAAAUUGCUACGCCAAGGAUGCGUGGCCGCCUCACGGUGCUGACCUCGUUAGCCAUCGCGGUCGGUAUACUUAUGAUCUACAGCUUUGGCUAUGCCAUCCCGGAGAAUUUCCGCUUGGUAGCUGGUAUCGCAGCGGGGUGCUGUGUUGCCUCAUUGUUACUACUAAUUCCACUACCCGAAUCUCCUGCUUGGUUGAUAUCAAAGCAACGCGAAUCAGAAGCGGAACGUUCCUUAAAGAAAAUAAGAGGCUUCGGAAACUGUUCGAAAAUAAUACCGGAAAUUGAACAUGAACUAACCAGGCUGAAAGAAAAUGUUGAAGCACAGAGAAGUGCUGGCAAGGAAAGUUUAAUAGACAUGAUUAGACAACCCGAGGUAUAUAAGCCUCUGGGGGUUAUUAUCGGAUUUUUCGGGUUUCAACAAUUUUCUGGCAUUUUUGUGGUAGUCGUUUAUGCUGCAAAGGUGUCGUCAGAGGCCAGCGUCUCAAUAGAUCCAUUUCUUUGCACAGUACUAAUCGGAGUUACUCGCGUUGUAGCAACUGUAUUGGUGUCAUACAUCUUGGACACACUGGGAAGGAAACCACCGUCGAUAUUCUCCGGCGUUGGUAUGGCUGCUUGUAUGUUUGGUAUAGCUGCUUGCAUUUACAAUCCGCUUCAUGAUACCCUGCGAUGGAUUCCAACCUUUUUAAUCCUAACAUACAUCUUCACUAGUACUUUAGGAUUUCUAACUAUGCCAUUCUCAAUGCUGGCGGAACUCUUUCCUCAGAAGGUUCGAGGUCCUGCUUCUGGUAUAACCGUAUUCUUUGCCUAUCUAAUGUCGUUUGUGAUUAUUAAACUCUAUCCAACGAUGGUGGAUAAAUUGGGCAGUGCAAAUGUGUUUAUUUUCUAUGGUACGGUUUCUUUGUUUGGAAUCUUGUUUGUUUAUUACAUUGUUCCGGAAACUAAAGGUAAAUCCCUACAGGAAAUAGAAGAUUAUUUUCGAGGAAAAUCGUCCACUCGAAGAUCGAGUACUUCCGCGGGUGACUGCGCGGAAUUAUCCACUUCAGCUGUGUAAAGUAAAUCUGUUGAAAGUUUGGCUUUUCCCACUACACAAUGUAUAAUUGUAGAACACCAGCAGAGUCGGCUAUUUUUGUUUGAUUCCCAAAUUAUUUGAUCGGGGCCACUAAAGUGUGAUUAAUUGUUUCUUUACGACUCGAUGCAAUCAAGUUGCUUUUAGUCAAUUCUGAACCUCAGAUGUGCCGCCAAUUGAAACAAUUAAUGUUAGUUUGGAGCUAGAAGAGUUAACGAUGAACUAAUUGAUUGUCUUCCUAAUUUAUGUGGUAUGAAAGUAAAUGGCGGUCUUUUUAAACUUGAUUAUUCAUUAGAAGACGUACUUUGACAAUCGAUUCUGAAAAGCCUGAAACAUUAUAGUAAUCAAUGCUGUGAUAGUUCUAAUAAACUUCGGUUGCCAAUACUUAGCAAUUGUAUAAUAGAUAGGUUUAGCUUAUAAUUAGUAUUAACAAUUUAAGUGUUUUAAUGUGUACUUUAC